UCGGACAAAACUCCGAUCAUAUUCGACCUUUUGAACCCAACUAAAAGACAUAGAUAUCUCUAGUCAGAAAUAAUAUUCAUCUCAAGUUGCUGACAUUGAAUUGAAGAGAUCGCAUUUUUGCACAAGGAUGAAUAAGGUGGCAGUUUUUGUGAUUUUUGUGAGCCAUUUCUUCACAUCUCUGGGGCAAGACUGUUGGUGUGGACAGGAACUCCAAAACAAUGUCCGACAGUUUCAAAAGCUUCUGUCCGGUCACGAGACGUCAUUCCUACACAGUCUACGGAGCUUCCGCAAGAAACUCAACCUGUUACAGAACAGCACAGUUAAACACAACAAACUCAACACAGGCUGUCCUGCUCCUGAGCCGGUGGCUAAUGGGCGAAUCCUGGGCCGUGUGUUUAAAGUGGGCCACGAGAUCCACUUCUUGUGUAGUCCUGGGUUUCAGCUGAUAGGACCGGAGACCAGACUGUGCCUUGAUUCCCAGAUCUGGAGUGGAAAACAACCGUACUGCAAGUUUGUGGACACCACUGAAUACAACAAUGCAUCAGGAUCUUCUUCUUCAUCUUCAUCUUCCGCUCAUCCUCAAACCUUCACACGACCACCACGCUGUAUUGAGUUUCUGGGCUCCACUCACUGCACCUGUGAUCAGGGCUUCAGUAUCUCCAGCCAGAACACAACACUGUGCAAAGACAUUGAUGAAUGUGAGCUCUUCCAUCAAACCCAACCUGGCCGUCUGUGUUUGCACACCUGUGUGAAUACGUUUGGAAGCUUCAUCUGUCAGUGUCCAUCAGGUUACAGCCUUGGUCGUGAUAGCAGAAGCUGCUACGACAUGGACGAGUGUGCGACAGGGAUUCAUAACUGCAAUGGUGAGCAGCUGUGUGUGAAUACACACGGAGGUUAUCGCUGUAUGGAGGUGGAGUGCCCUCACUUUCGAAACGCCACAUACGUUAAAACCUCAGCGCUGCGCUGUGACCGUAACCCUUGUCUUCAAGAGGAUAAACUCUGUCUCCAAGCACCAGUCUCUGUUAACUUCCAUUUCAUGUCUGUGGUAUCCAACAUGUCAACACCCACCGUCCUCUUCCAGUUGUCCGCUGCACGUGUCCUGGGCGACACGUUCCGAUUCGGUUUGCUGGGUAACCGGGGACUCCAGCACUUCAGCAUCCAGCGGUCGGGCAGACAGACGGGAGAGCUGGUGCUGGUGAACUCCGUCCAGGGCCCUGCAACGCUACAGGCCGACAUAGAAAUGAGCGAGUUGGAAAGGAGAGUGCUGCUCGGUCGAUACGUCACAAAGGUUACUCUCCUAGUGUCUCCAUAUACCUUUUAAGGACCACAGGAGACAGACUGACAAUACUGUGAAAUAAUUUACAGGCGGGAUAUUGGCACUCGCGCCUGGGGCUGCAAGAUAGUGGCGCUAUUAUACUCAUUUCUAAGGUGACGAUUUAAGAGGACAAAGGAACUUUUUAUUGCAAGCUGAGAGUAAUUUUCGUCCUCAGAGUAGAUAAGAAGGUGGAAAAAAUCCAUUUUUAUUUCCGCCAUUUCCUGCAAUGCAUUUUUGCUGCAUUGUAGCUACUCUUGAUAUGUUUGGGCAGUUUUUAAAUGAGACAAUCAUCCAAGAUUUCAUUUGUAAAGGUUAGUGUCAAGCUGCAUAACCAAAAUAGAUACAAAAUUAAAAGUGUCCUUGCAUUUGAAUGCAUUAACUGGACCCAGAGAGCAUUACAUCCCAUUCUACAUUUUCUUUUAUGCAUGCACUUUGCUAAUAUUUUAUGUUAUAGAAGAUGUUUUACAAGUGCCCAGUUCUUUUUGGAGUGCUUUUAAAACUGAAACGAAAUAAGGCUUUUUAAAAACAAAUGAGGAAAGGUUGCAGAUUUGAAGAGCUCUCAGAGCUAUGCCCAAAAUCUGGAUGAGGUAAAGCAAUGGGGCCAUUUAAAAAACACUUUAUGACCGUAGACAUACAGUAAAAAUAAAAUCUAUGUAGUCCUCUGAACACUGCCAUUGUAUUAUAUAAUUUUUUAAACCAAACUGGCUUCUAA